AUGGGGGCCGCGGUGGUUCGCGCGAUCAAGAACUUCAACCUGGAGAACCGGGCGGCCCGGGAGAUCAGCAAGGCGAAGCCCUCGGCCGCCCCCCGGCACCCCUCCACCCGCAGCCUCCUGCGCGAGCAGAUGAGCGACCAAGCGGAUAUUAAGAGAGAAAUUGUUACAAAGGAUGACAAAUUGCUGUCGUUACUGAGAGAUGUGUACGUUAAUUCCAGAGAUCCCGUGUCUUCUGCGCAGGACAAAGCUGCUAUAACACCUACAGAGCCGAAGGAGUUCAGAUUGCCGAAAGGCAAUCAUUUUGACAUAAAUAUUGAGAACAUUCCCAAAGGCAAAGUUUCCAUUGUAGAGGCUUUGACACUUCUCAGUAAUCAUAAACUUUAUCCAGAUACAUGGACUGCUGAGAAAAUAGCAGAAGAAUACCAUCUAGAACAGAAAGAUGUAAAUUCUGUUCUCAAAUACUUCACUAUUUUUGAAGUCAAAAUCUUCCCUUCUGAAGACAAGAAAGCAAUUCAAUCAAAAUGA